AAUGGUAGUGCUGUCAGGAUACGAAACAGUGAAGGAAGCUCUGGUGAACCAGGCAGAUGCAUUUGCAGGGAGACCUGAAAUCCCAGUCCUUGGAAAAAGAGUAAAAGGAACUGGACUUAUAUUCGCUAAUGGGGAAAACUGGAAAGUGAUGCGAAGAUUUACUCUCACAACCUUACGAGACUUCGGAAUGGGCAAGAAGGCUAUAGAGGACUUCAUUGUAGAAGAGUGUAGAAGCCUGGUAGACACCAUUGAGAAGCACAAAG